GAUGUUGCCACUAAAAGCUCGCUGUUCCCUGUUCCCUGUUUCCGCUUCCCACAUGUGUAGCUGACGAUGAAAUGGAGUUUCUUCAAGACGGUGCUGCUUCUCACUGCCCUUGCAGCUGUCUUGACGGUUCUCUCCACCUUUCGAGGGCUCCAGGUUCAGCCAGAUGCUGGGCCUCCUUCGGCAUCUGUAGAUCUGCAGCCAGAUGAGAACGAGGAAGAGGAGUCCGCAGAGGCUGCGCCCUCUAGCGAAACCUGGAUCAUUUUGCUGGCCUUCCAACGCUCGGGGACCCACUAUCUAACCCAGGAGCUUAGCCGACAUCCUUGUAUGUAUGUGGCAGGCGAGAUACUUUUAGCUCCAGGGCUCAAGGAAGAUUGGUGGUCUCCACAGAAGCGCAGGGCCGGCAUCAAGACCUUCUACAACAUAUCCUUGUCAGCCGAGGAGAAGACCUUGGAGCUCCCGGAGGUUUCAGCUCAGUGGGCUUCAGAGUCUUCCAAAGCGCUGGCUGAAGGGAAGAUGAUUCGAGGUUUCAAUUGGAAAGUGAGUCAAGGCUUUCUGCAGGACCUUCCGUGGAUCGAGGAAUUCAUUGCCACACACCAGGUUCGGCUCAUUUGGUUGCAGCGCCGCAACAUGCUCCGACGUUAUUUGUCAAUGCAAUCGAACCGUCGCUUUUUUGUGGCGGCGACCACCGACAAGAGCGAGGCGAGUCGCAUCAAGAAAGAAAAAAUUCCGAUCCCCGUUGAAAAGAUGUUGAAAGACUUCAAAGCCAGAGAAGCAGAGGUGAAACAGCUCCAUCACUUCUUCAAGACUUUGGAAUCCAAGGGGCACCAUGUGUUACAGGUGACCUAUGAGGAUCUUUCCGCCAGCAUGGACACGAUCAGAGCUUGGGCCGUGAAUGGUGUCACGGCGUGCAGAGUCUCGGGAGAUAGCGUCAGAGGUGACGACAAAGAUGGCUACCAGAAGCUGCAUCCAGGCAAUGUGUCUGAUAUGGUUGAAAAUUGGAAGGAAGUGACGGCAGCGCUGAAGAGGACGAAAUGGGAAUGGAUGCUGUACAGUUGACCGAAAA